GGUCCAUUCAAGGUCCCUGCUCCUGCAUUAAUAAAAAUGAAUAUUGUUUGAAGACCUUCCCCAAGUUUACCAUGAAGGUUUAAUUUACAUUUUUGACUGUAAAGGAAGGCAUAAAAUAGGCAAUAUGAUUUCAGAACUGGUCAUCAUCAUAAUCCUUAUUGGUCACAUAAACUCAGGUCCUGGGACUACACCGAACAUAAACCAUAUUGUGAUUGGACGAUGUUAUGAGUACAUUUCUCUAGUAAACCCUAGUAAUAGAUAUAAAUGUGAAGAGAUAUGGCAUGAAUUUGAGAAAGCAGUGAUCCAGAGAACACCAUGCAGUGUGAGAGUAAAAGAUUAUGAGCAAAUGUUUUAUGCUGCUCCUCAGACUCCUCCCUGUGAUAAACUGCUGUUCUGGAGCAAGACACGAGAGCUGAUGCAGAGCUACCCAGCUGUCACAGGAAGCUUUUGGACCUUGGAAGACACACUGGUGGGAUUUAUGUUCAAGGACCUCAUCUGGUGUGGUCAGAAGGAAAGAGAAUGCGGCUUUGAUUUUCAUUCUUGUCCAGAAUGGUCCAAGUGUGUGAGCCAUCCUGUAUACUCACUCUGGAAAAGAGCAUCUCAAAAUUUUGCUGCAGCAGCCUGUGGAAAUAUUACAGUGCUCUUAAAUGGAUCCAUUGAAAAUGCAUUCGACAGAAACAGCAUGUUUGGGAGUGAAGAGCUGGACAAUUUGAACCCCAGGAUGGUGUCCCAUGUCCACAUUAUUGUUGUUUCAAACUAUGAAGGCCCUUUUGUAGAGUCCUGUUCCAAUGGAUCCAUUCUCAGACUUGUAGGUGUACUGCAAACCCGAGGGUUCCACUGGUCCUGCACAGACAUUGAUGUGUAUUCAUUUUGAUAACAAUUAUAACCAUGAUUGUUCUGUGAUUAACCAACAUAUUGUAUACUUAUAUCUUGUACUGCACCAAGCCACAUCUUUUGCAAA